AAUCGAUCGUUCCGAACGAUAGUACGAGAAGCAUUCGGUUUCACAAACAACACAAAAUCGUCAACAUGAAGGUAAGCCAAUCAACGAAUAAAUCGUUUAUAGUUUUUCAAACUGAAAUAUUCCAUGCUAACGAACAAAAAUAUUAACAAUUGUAUGUAAUGAUUAUUUCCAGGUAUUCAUCAUUCUGCCUUUGGUAGCUGCUAUGACUUCCGCCGCCGAAGUCUUAUUAUCAGCGGCGCCGGCCUACGUCACGUCAUCAUUGACUUCACACGGACCUGUCUCGUGGACUUAUUUGCAACCUGCAUUCUACCAAUCUGCACCGCUGGUGGCGUACACAUCACCGACAGCCAAAUUUAUUGCCACUACCCCGGUCAAAACCGUCCCUGCCACUCGGGCCGAAGUCGUCCCUGUAACUUCUGCGGCUAAGAUAGUGACUCCCACGGCCAAAAUUGUCGCCCCGACUGUUCCAGUUGCUAAAUUCGUACAAGUUUUACCCGUCCAAGCACAAUUACAGCCUGUGGCAGAUCCUUCGUACGCGUUCGCAUACCAGGUUCAGGAUCAAAUAACGGGCGAUUCCAAAAGUCAAGAAGAAACCCGAAACGGCAAUUUCGUGAAAGGCAGAUACAGUUUGAUUGAACCCGAUGGCACCAAGAGAACCGUAGACUACACGGCUGACCCGACCAAUGGAUUCAACGCGUAUGUACAGAAAUCGAAUGUACAACAAGCCGUUUUCGUGCCCGCUAUAGUAUCGACAGACGAUGUGGAAACUAUUAAAGUAGAUGUCGUUGAAGUCAACCCUGAAGUCAAAUCAAAGUCUACUGCACCAAAGCCGUUGAAGAAUACGCUUGCCGUGCCAGAAACUAAACCUCAAAACGCAGGUUAUUAAUAAAUAUUUAAUACACACAUGAAUACAUUGUAGAGACGCUUGGCUUCAAAUGUAAAUUUAAAUUAUUUAAAAAAAAAAAAUAGAGACUAAUAUUAUUAAUUAUUAAUUUUAUAUUGUAAGUAUAUUUUGUAAGAAAAAAAACGUCAAAUUGUAAAAAUACAAAAAUAAAACAUACAUACUCAUAAAUUA